AUGGAUAAGUUCAAGGACAAGCUGAAGCUGCGUACGGCGGCGGGGGCCGAAGGUAGUGGUUCUAUGUUAACACCUGGCGGAGGUGGCGGAGCACGGACGACCAAGGGCGGCGAUCAAGGAAAGCGACUCUUGUCGCAGUCGGCCGUUAACCGUUGGCUUAAAGUGAAUACCCAAGACGUUACUAAGUGCGCCGACGCGGUUCACAAGCUACUAGAGGAAGGCGCGGACUCGUUCGGCAAGCGCGCCGAGCUGAUGUACGCGCGCCGCCCGGACAUCCUGCAGCAAGUCGACCUGCUGCAUAGCCGUUACUUGACUCUCGCCGCGCGCUACGAGCAGCUAUUCGUCACCUCGACGCACUACGCCGCCGCCGCCGCCGCCGCUACUGCGAACGCGGCGGCUGGAGAAGACGGGCAGGCUGAUUUGUUAUCGCCGAUGAUUAGCCCUAACUCGUCCUCCGCAAAGCUUGCGGAAGAUGCGGCUGCGGCGGAGGGUGCGGGGAAGGAAAAGGGCGGCGGGAGGUUUGACUUCGGGCAGGAUCCCGACGCUAUUGGGAUUUUUUUGGGGCAGAUUUUGGGCAGCUUGGAGAAAGGACUGGAGGAGGAAGACGGGGAAGGCGCAUGGAAGGGGCUUGUCGAAGCUUUGUCCGAACAGAGGUCGGUAGGGGAGGAGAACGGGGAGGAGAGUAAGGAGGAGGAGAAACGUGAGGAGGACGCGCAAGCGAAGGCGGCUGACGUGUCGAAAAUAGCGCUGGCGCGGGAAGCGGUGGGUCGUGCUAAGGAGCAGCUCGAUGCGCUCUUUCGGCGCGUUAAAUCCGCAGCGGAGGAGGAGGAAGCGCUGAGGCAGAAGCUGGCCUCGUUAGAGUCACUCGAGGAGGAAAACGCAAUGCUGAGGGAGAUCGUGGAGGGGGAGGCGGAAACCGGCGCGGGGGGAGAGGGGGGUGCGGACGGCGCGGCUGGGGGCGGAGGCGCGGUCGCGGGUGCGGGCGGAGGGGGGAGUGGGAAGGCGGGAAUGCGAGACGAUGAGAAGAACGUGGCGUUAGAAGUGGAGGUUGGGCAGUUGCGGAUCAGGAAUAUGGAUCUUAAGCUGAAGUUAGACCGUCUCACGGCCGCUCUUAAGGAGUCUCGGGAGAGGGAAGCACAAGCCGCGAUUGCACUGGAGAAGCUGAAGGAAGAAUGGGGGAAGGCCGGGGGAGGGGGAGAGGGAGAAGAAGCGGAGGGCGUGGGCGGUGGGGGGGAGGUUGGCGGGGAUGGAGGGAGUGAGCAGGAGAAGGGAGGGGAGGCGGAGAAGGGGGAGGAGGAGAAAGCGGAAGGCGAGAAGGACGGGAAGGAGACGGAGGAGGUGGCAAAGGAGGUUGAGGCGGGGCAGUGGAGGAUAAAGCAGAUGGACCUGCAGGUGACUAUAAAGAAGCUGCGGGAGGAGCUUAAAACGAGCAAGGAGGAGGUUGCUCAGCUGAAGGCUCUGCAGCAGCAGCAGGACAGCCAAGAAGGCGGGGGGAGACAGGAUAUGGAAGAGCGUAAGGUUGGGGGAGGGCUGGGAAGUGAUCUGGCUAGUCCGACUGGCAGCGAUGUUUCUGUCGCUUCUUCCGCUGGUGCCUCUGACGCCGCCGCCGCCGCCGCCGCCGCCGCCGCUUCCGCCUCUGCGCUUCCCCCUACCCCCUCUGCGGCCAUCCCCGCGCCAUCGACACCCGGAGGGCGCGCAUUGACGCGCGUGCCUUCUGGUUCGGGUGCUAAGAGGAUGUGGGUCAUGGGGGGGCGAAUGAUGCCUGCAGUUGAAGCUUCUGCGAGCUCGGAAAGCAAGGAGGAGGAGGAGAGCCGGGCAGCUGUGAAAGAAAAAGAUCAGUACACGGUGGGGCUGGAGGUGGAGGUCGGGCAGCUGAAAAUAAAGAACGGGGAUCUGAAAAUGAAAGUGGAUAAGCUGCAGAAGGAGACAAAGGAGCUACAGGAGCAGCUGGGGGCGGCUAAAGAAGAGCUUGAAGUGUGGAAGAGGGAUGGCGUCCUGAAGGGUGUAGUAGAUGAGAAAGAGAAAGAGAUAGAAGCGCUAAAGAGGGAGGUGGAGGAGGGGAAGAGGCAGGCGAGCGGGGCUGCAGAGCGCAGGGAGCAGGCAGAGAGCGCUGUGGCGCUAGACGUUGAAAUGGGGAAGCUUCGUAUGAAGAACAUGGAUUUGAAAAGCAAGGUGGAGAAGCUGCAGCAACAGGUGAGGGAGCAGAAGCAGCAGCUGGCGGGAUUAGGCCAGGGCGGGACAGGCGGAGGGGACGCGGGAGAGACGGUUGAUGCUGGCAGUGGUGGUGGCAGUGGUGGGUCAUCGGAGAAAGGCAGGGUGGUGAGUAGAAGUUAUAGUUGGAAGGGAGGAGCAGGAGGAGGGGGAGGAGGGGAUCAUAGUGCUGGAGGAGAGGGGGGAGAAGUGGCCAAGUUGCAAGCUCAGGUGAGGGACUGUGAGAGAGCAAAGGCACUUCUAGAGGAGGAGGGGAAGAGGAAGGAUGAGCGGAUAAAGCAGCUAGAAUCCGAAGUAAAGUCAAAGGCAGUCGAGAUGGGGAUGCUGAAGCGGAACAUGCAGCGGGUAGAAGGCGAACUGAAGGAUCUGGGUGCGGCUUCUGCCAGGAAGGAGAGCGGGAGAGGGAAGUGGGGCGCAGUUGGGAAGGUAACCACUGCGGUUGCAGCAGCAACAGCUAUAGCUGGAUCAGGAGCAGGAGCAGGAGCAGGAGGGGGAGGAGGAGGAACGGCGGCACGGACAGCAAGCGUGGAUGGUGACCUGGUUGUGGUUCAUGAUAAGCCAGGGGAUGAUGAAGCAGCAGGGCCAGCCGCUGAGCCCGAGCAGGUGCUUGGCAAGGGAGGAAAGAGCGGGAGCGGGAGUGGGAACGGGAGUGGGAGUGUGGACGAGGCACGGUUGGCAGCGUUAGAGGAGGAGGUGGUGCAGCUGCGAUCGGCACUGAAAGCGGCGACACAGAAGGUGCAGGUGCUGCAGCCCAUGGCUGCUCUGAACGAGAAGCUGGUGAAAAAGCUGCAAGUGCUGGAGGAGGAGAAGCGGGCACUCCAGGACUUGCUAGAGCAGGUGCUGGAGAGGCGGAGGAGGAGAAGCACCGGAGGAGGAGGAGGAGGAGGAGGAGGAGGAGGAGGAGGAGGAGGAGGAGGAGGAGGAGGAGGAGGAGGAGGAGGAGGAGGAGGAGGAGGAGGAGGAGGAGGAGGAGGAGGAGGAGGAGGAGGAGGAGGAGGGGAGCGAACGGUUGUGAGUGUGGAGGAGGAGAGACGGCGGCAGGAGUUGGUGCAGAGACUGAGGGAGAAGGGCCUGGUGGUGGAUGAUGUGGAUGAUCUCUGUGAUGAUGAUUUUGGUGAUGGGCCUGGCCCGGGGUUUGGGCUCUUCUCGUGCUUGUUCCAGAGCCGAGGCAUGGCCCGGCUCAUGCACUGA